GGGAAGCUCCUGCUCGCGCCGCUGACGAAGGGCGGGAAUCUGCCGUUCCGGAGGCUGUGCGUGUCCCUGGGAUGCGAAGUCACCGUGAGCGAGAUGGUCUUCGCGCGAUUCGCGCUGAAGAAGAACCCGGUCGAGCUCGCGAGGCUUCGAAAGCACGACAGCGAAACGCUCUUUGGGGUCCAGAUCGCGACGAAUCAAAUCACGGAAGGCGUCAACGCGGGGCGACUCGCGCACGAAGCCGGCGCCGACUUCGUGGACCUCAACUGCGGGUGCCCGAUUCACGAGACGUGGAAGCGCGGCCUCGGCGCGGCGCUGUUGAAGAAACCGAGGAAGCUCGAGCGUUUAGUCCGCGGCAUCGCGGACGGCAUUCCAAUCCCGUUGACCGUGAAGAUUCGCCUGGGCGCGGGGUCGUCGGAAGCGCCCGCGCACGCGCUCGCCGAGGCGGUGGAAAACGCCGGCGCCGCCGCGGUCGUGAUUCACGGCAGAACGAAAGAAGCGCGAUACACGAAAGCCGCGAACUGGGAGACGAUCGGGGCGAUACAAGCCGAGCGAGGGAUCCCCGUCGUCGGGAACGGCGAUAUAUUGACCCGGUACGAGUUAAACGAUCGAAUGGGGAUAUCGAACGCGCACGCGGCGAUAGUGGGACGCGGCGCGCUCAUCAAGCCGUGGAUUUUCAAAGAGGCGAAG